AUGAGAAAGAAGAGAAUGCUGGAACCAGAUGAACGCUGUAAGAGAAAGAAAAAUAUUCCUCAAAGCUUUACUCAUGUCUUUUUAUGCUCUUUCCUCUCUUCCUGCCUCCUACAACAGUUGGACAAGGGGGAUGUGAGCCAACUCAGCCUGCCUUCCAAUACAAGCCACAGUGAUGCUGAAAGCAACAUCUGUCUUGACGUUCCAGAUGGCAAUCCAGACCCACAGAGGACAAAAGCUGCCAUUGACCACCUGCACCAGAAGAUUCUUAAGAUCACUGAGCAAAUAAAGAUUGAGCAGGAGGCUCGAGAUGACAACGUAGCUGAAUACUUAAAGCUUGCUAACAAUGCUGAUAAGCAACAAGCCUCUCGUAUCAAGCAGGUCUUUGAGAAGAAGAACCAGAAGUCAGCCCAGACCAUUGCCCAGCUGCAUAAGAAGCUUGAGCAUUACCACAAAAAACUAAAGGAGAUUGAACAAAAUGGGCCCUCACGUCAGCCCAAAGAUGUCUUCCGGGACAUGCAUCAGGGCCUCAAGGAUGUAGGAGCCAAUGUUCGCUCCAGCAUUAGUGGUUUUGGCGGUGGUGUGGUAGAGGGGGUCAAGGGUGGGUUGUCAGGCCUUUCUCAAGCAACACACACAGCUGUGGUUUCCAAGCCCCGUGAGUUUGCAAGCUUAAUACGCAACAAAUUUGGCAGCGCAGACAACAUUGCCCACUUAAAGGACACUCUGGAUGAUGGGCACCCGGAAGAGGCUUCACGGACUUUGAGUGGCAGUGCUACCCUUGUGUCUAGUCCCAAAUAUGGAAGUGAUGAUGAGUGUUCCAGUGCCACUUCUGGCUCAGCAGCUGGUAGCAAUUCUGGGGCUGGUCCUGGGGGCUUGAGCAGUCCCAAGUCUAACACCUUGGACAGUCAUCAUUAUAACUUUGACACCAUUGUAGAAGAACUGAGAGAUAUUAAGGACAUUCAGUCCCAUCUUGAGGACUCCAUGGAAGAACUCAAAGCUCAGCUGCAACGAGACUAUACGUACAUGACUCAGUGUUUGCAGGAGGAACGAUACAGAUACGAACGCUUGGAAGAGCAGCUCAAUGACCUGACUGAGCUUCAUCAGAAUGAGAUGACCAAUCUGAAGCAGGAGCUGGCCAGCAUGGAGGAGAAGGUGGCUUACCAGUCCUACGAAAGGGCCAGGGACAUUCAGGAAGCUGUGGAAUCCUGCCUGACUCGGGUCACCAAGCUCGAGCUGCAGCAGCAGCAGCAGCAAGUGGUGCAGCUGGAGGGAGUGGAAAACGCCAAUGCACGUGCUCUACUGGGCAAAUUCAUCAAUGUGAUCUUGGCCUUAAUGGCUGUGCUGCUGGUCUUUGUCUCCACCAUUGCUAGUUUCAUCACUCCAUUGGUGAAGACCCGCAUGCGUCUCCUGAGCACUACCUUACUAGUGCUUUUUGUCUUCCUCCUCUGGAAGCACUGGGACUCCAUCACUUACCUCCUGGAACACGUGCUGCUUCCUAGCUGAUUUCCUUGGUAGCCAGAAGCUGCAGCUAGAGGGAGUUUGUUUUUCUUGUAAAAGGAAGUAAAACUGAGGAGACUUCCAGUUUGGUUUUAUGUCCAUUUGGAGUGUGCAAUCCUCACCUGCUUCCUCUUCAGAGCCUUUUUUGUUGUUGUUGUGCCCAACAUUGUCUCAGCAGUAGGGAGAGUAAUUACAGUGGGGCUUAUGAAAGGGUUACUAUGUCAUGCCUCUCCUCUGGGAUGCUUUUGCAAAGCAUUAUGGGAAGACAAAUAACCCCUGUAAAGAGCUCAAUCUUUCAGAUUUUACCCAUUCCUUAAAUCAAAUAAAGGGAUGGUGAUGGCAGCAAUUUGUGUACGAACCAAAAAGGUCUUCUCUAAAAAACAGUUGUGUAGUGGUUGACUUUCCUCCCUGCUGGAGAGAAGUGGUGAAACGUUUAUUG